AUGGAAUUAUGUUAACUGCUACCAAAUCAGUUCAAUAAAAGCUUAAAUCUUUCUUCUAAAUAAAUCAUAAGAAUUGGUAAAUUACUUUCAAACUCACCUUUCCUAAAUUUAUAGCAUCUUCAUCUUAGUCAUAAUAAUAUUUCUUGUUUGGAUGGAAUUCAAUAAUUCAAAUAGUUAAAAAGUCUAUCUCUUUGCAAUAAUCAAAUUGUUGAUAUAAAUGAACUCAAAAAAGUCAAUCAGAAUCUCUAAUACUUAUCUAUACACUCUAAUCCUUUUAGCGUUUAUGAUUAUCAUGAUGUAUGUUACAAUUUCUUUAUAAAUUUAAAACGACUUGAUGGAAUGGCAGUAGACAUGAGAAUAGUUAAAUCCUAAAGAAUAUAAGCAGAAAUAGUUUCAAGAUGGUUGAUUCCAUGGAUUUAUUAAAUUAACAUCUAACUGUUGAAUAUAUAAAAAGUGUUAUCUUUAAGAAGUGCAACAAAAGAAAUUGAUACAAAGUCACAAUUAAAAAUUGUAUCAAAAGAUCUCUUAUUAUAAAUUAAUUGGUAACUUACUGAUACUAUGUUAUAAUUACUCAAUUCACCCACUCUUUAAAAUUUAUCUGAUUUAGUUUAAUCAAUAUAAUAUAAUUAAGAAUUGGAUUAAGCAUAAACUAAAGAAAUAAAGAAGAUUCACUAUGAAACUUUUCAAGAUCUUAUUAAAUUAUAAUCUUUCAACCAUUAUGCUUCUUUUAUAGAUUAUUUGAUUAGAUUAAAUGAGGGAGAUAAAAGUAAUUAUUAUAGAGUAUUUUUAUAAAUACAGAAACCUUAAUUACAUAUUUCUUCUGAUUUAUACUCUAAAGAUGAUGAUCUUAUUCCUUAAGAAGAACCUCUAAAAAUUAUUCAGACUGUACCAACAUUUCUAAAAGAUAAAAUUAAAUGCUAAGAAGUCAUUUCAAAUACUUACAGAAAAUAAAGGAAAAUUCCUAAUUAUGAAAAAGAGUUAUUUUUCUAAUACUUUCCAGUAUUUCCUUUUCGAUAAGAAUAUAUACAAUCUAUUUUAUAAAUUGCUACUUUAAAAUUAACUGAACUAAAAAAUUUAGUUUCCUAAGUUGCUUAUUUAAAAUAAAAUGCUAUCUAAAGUAUUCCUUAGAGUGUACGAACUUUAAGAAAGAAAUAGAAACUGUAAUCCUCUGAAGAACCUGCACCUUAAAAAUUAUAAUUAAAACCUACAAAACUUGAAAUAUCUCCAAGAGAAGAAUAGGUUUUACCUGUUUAAGAGAAAAAAAUUAGUACUAAAAAUUACUAUGAUGUUAAAUAUGAAGUUUUAAGAUAAAAUAAAGCAUUGGCAUUAACAUCUGCAUUGAGUAAGAUGUUUAAUAGAAGAAUAAAAAGAUUUUUUGGUAGAAUUAAUAAUUCAGAACAAGAAAAUACUAGAUUUUUAGAUUACCCUUAAGUUGUUUAUUUAUCAAGUUUAUUUUAUUCUAUGAAAAAAGUUUUAGAAUAAAAUAAACAAAAAAGAUAUCGACAAUAACAAAAGAAAUUAAUGAGUUUAGCUUUUUAAGGUUUAAAACUGUUAAAAUAUAUAAAAUAGAAAGAAGCCAAAAAAGUUAAUAAAGGAUAUUAAAUACUUUAAAAAAUAUAUUUUAAAAGAUUAGUUGAAGGAAUAAGAAGUAUGAAACAUUUAUUAUAACCUCGAUUGAAAAAAGUUAAAAUAUAACUUUUCAAAUUAUCAUUAAAAGAAGCUCCUUUUUAAAAGAGUUAGUAAACAAUAAAAUUUAGAAAUUAUAAUGAUGAAAAUAAUGAAAAUCUAAAAUUAUGUAGUGUAUGUACCUAUUAGUUUUGA